AUGCUUGAAACGGUUAUUGAUCAGUUGAAGUCAUGGGGAGCUGUAAAUCACCCGCUUCUGUCAGAAAGUGUGCGAUUUGCCAUUAGCGACGACCCCUCAUCGGUCGAGGUUGGUGAAGCUGAAGAACUGUAUGCUGUACCCGUUGUCACGGAUUUCUAUAAUGCCUGCACCAAGGGCUUGGUGGAUCCGGCUCCCACCAUGGUUGCACCAGAUUGGGUUGUGGAUUGCCUCGCCAGGAAACAAUUGAUCCCACCCGAUAUGUAUCAUCCAGACUGGCUCAAAAGACCGGUUUCACCUCCACCUCCACCCGUCCCAUCUCAACCGAAGUCACAGCCCAAACCGGUCCAGUCUUUGGAGCAGUCAGUACCGGACGCGAACGGUGGCACUGGGACUGACCGAAGCAAAGAAGUCGCAAUCACAGUCCCCGCUAAUCCCGUUCCACUUGCACCCAGAGCUAUCCCGGUAUCCCAUCCGCCAUCCGUCAUGACAACCGCUCCGCAUGUUCCCGGAACUGUUAGCACUCCAACCGUGUCUACCACUUUACCAGGAACCAAUUUGCAAGCGGCUACUGGGAUCAGUGUUCAGCAAAUUUGUAUGAAUGCCGCUGUUGCUGCUGAACAGCAUUCGUAUCUCGGGUCGCAAGUGGACAAGCCCGCUCGCGGAGCUCACACACGUGGUGNUCGUGGUGGAGCCGGGAGGAAAGCGCAACAGCAACAGCACGAACGAAUGCAUCCUCAACCGCAGCAUCGUCUCCCGGCGGCCAGUGCGGCACGUUAUGUGCCCCCUUCACCACACCGGUUCCCUCCCAAUCGACCUGCAACAGCUAUCGGUGUCACUCAGGCAAGUCUUGGAAUGCUCACCAUUCCCGGACCCGGCAUGAUUGCUAGCUCCGAGGGAAUCCAAUUGCUCAAUCCAACCGCUCCCGGUGCUCCUAACACCUUGCUCAUGUCUCCCGGCCCAGCGAAUUCAAUGGGCAUCACAAGUACGACCGGAUCGACCGGAUCUUCAGGGCCCACAGGACCUUCCUCCGGCUCCGGACAUCACGGUCCGAAAACCAAGGCCAAAUCGAGUAAACACGCACAGGAACAGAAUUUGAACGAGGAAGAAAAAGAUGCGAUUGUGAUGCAGAAUGUGAAAAACAUACUGAGUUUACAACAUACUUGGAAUCGCGAUUCCCAUGGCCGAGGUGGUUCGUCUUCAUCCGAAGGAGUUUCCAACGUGAACGUCUCCAGUGCGGGUCCGUCCGCCUCACACGCCGGACCACAGUCAACAGUGGCAAGCUAUACCAAUUCUGGGAACACUGGCACAGGUGCGGGUGGUGCUCAGGUGCAACUCGCAGCCGGUUUACACAAUUCGAAUGGUCCGACGAGCGGUCCAGGUGGAUCUGGUAGUAUGGGUGUUUCUGGUGCACCAGGUGGUCCAGGAACGGGAACCCCACGAAAACCGAAAUCUCCCAAGUCUCCCGGUCGUGCCGGCCCUAAUUCACAACUGGCCGGAGGUACUGGAGCAAAAUCUUCACUUAAAUCACCAAAGGGAAGUGGGGCGGCUCGGGCUGGUUCGAUGACGAAGGUUUUAUCUUCGCCGCCCCCUCAGCAACAACUGCAGCAGCAACUUCAACCGUCGCAACCGCAGCCUCAACAAUCUACCCAAGUGGUACAACAGCAACAACACCAACAACAGCAUCAUCAUCAACAACAACAGCAACAACAAGCUUCGGUUGUUGUGGCUGGCGGUUCUACACCUGGGGCUGCGAUGCCGUCUGUUUUACUAACCAGUAGCCACUUAUCUCAAAUGCAGUGUCGUCAACCGGGGGCCAAUCCCACGAUGCAAGGAACACCACAAACUGCACAAUCAUUACAGCGCCCUGCCCCAGUUCAGCACCUUUUGGCCACAAACAACUUGGGGCCGCAUCAACAGAAUGUU